AUGUACAAACAACAUAAUAAGAAAAAGCAAUUGGCAAUUGCAUGUGCUGCUAUAAGUAUAAUCACAACAAAGCAAAGAAAAAAGAGAUCACAAUGGGUGAAAAAUUGGAAACUGGACAAAUCUAAAUUUGGAAAUAUACCUUUACUUAGUGAAAUAAGGGAAAACAACCCAGAUGAUUUUAGAAAUUAUCUUAGGAUGGAUUCUGCAUCAUUUGACGUUUUAUUGAAUUUGGUAGGACCAAAAAUUUGUAAAAUGGAUACUGUUAUGAGGUCAAGCAUCAGUAGCAGCGAAAGAUUAAUUGCCACAUUAAGGUUCUUAGCAACAGGAAAUUCAUAUGAAGAUAUGAAAUUCAGCACUUGUAUUUCUACAUCGAGUUACAUUAGAGUACAAUCGGUAUCGAUGAUUUACAUAUAUCGAUUAUUAAUUUAUAUCGAUAACUGCUUCAUAUCGAUAGUUAAUUAUCUUGCAUGCUUGGCGUGUGGAGAAACCAUGUACGUGUAA